CAAAACUUAACGCCAGCGAAAUUUCGUAGUUCUAGAUAUGCGGGAAGGGUCAUGUGGGAACCCUUUGAAAUUACAGGGGUUCUUUCGGACACACCAGAGCUACAGAACAUACAGAACCACGUCCCGGACGUCUACUUCGAAGACGAGAAGGAUGUCACCUUACCAAGCUACGACGAAGAAUCUGCUCCCCUGGUGGUCCGAGAUCGAGACUAUCGGCCGGCAGGUCUUGGGAAUGUCGUGGAAUCCAGACUGGAAUCCACGCAACAGUUUACCGAAGGGUCGACUCCUCGUACUUCAAAUAUCUCUACCAUGAUGCAUCUGCUAAAAGGUAACAUUGGAACAGGAAUUUUAGCCAUGCCAAAUGCAAUAUCUAAUGCAGGACUUCUGGUAGGUAGUGUAGGCAUUCCAAUAUUAGGAGUAUUCUGUGUUCAUUGCAUGCAUUUGUUAGUCAUCAGCAGCAAAUCAUUGUCUAGGAGGUUAGGCGUGCCAUCACUUGAUUAUGCCGGAACUGCUGAAAAUGCAUUCUUGUUUGGCCCAGAAAAAGUGCGCGGUUUUGCUCCAUGGGCAAGGACUGCUGUCAAUGGAAUGUUGAUGCUCACACAGUUUGGAUUCUGCUGCGUUUAUUUUCUUUUUGUAUCUAAAAGUUUACAUGAGGUUGUAAAUAGUCUUCACGGUUCCUCUCCUUUUAGCAUAACAGGAUACAUGGCUAUGUUAUUUCCACUGAUGGUCAUUUUUAACUUCAUAAGGAGUCUGAAAAAUAUCACUCCAGCUUCUUCUGUAGCCAACGUUCUUCAAAGUGUUGGACUUGUUAUUGUUCUUUAUUACUUGUUGAAAGGACCCCACAGUACAACAUUGAAUGUAUAUACUGCUCCCAUAGAGAAACUACCUUUAUAUUUCGGCACUGCUAUGUAUGCAUUUGAAGGAAUUGGUGUUGUGCUUCCCUUGGAAAACGCAAUGGCUACUCCUGACGCUUUUGGUGGCUUAAAUGGUGUGCUCAACACUGGCAUGGUGAUUGUUGCCAGUCUGUAUACAGGCGUUGGAUUUUACGGGUAUCUGAAAUAUGGAGACAAUGUGAAAUCCAGCAUUACUUUUAAUUUACCUGCAGGAAUCACUAGCGAGGUGGUUCGAUUGAUGUUUGCUGUGGCUAUUUUUCUGUCUUACGCUCUUCAGCUGUACGUGCCUUUGCAAAUUCUCUGGCCUUAUGUAAAGACGAAGUUUAAUCUGCAACGAUUCAGCCAGAAGGAGCAAUUGAUUCUGGAAUAUAUAUUCAGAACGUUUCUGGUCUCUAUCACAUUUGCGAUGGCAGCUGUCAUUCCUAUGUUACAUUUGUUCAUUGCAUUGGUUGGGGCGAUGGCUAGCAGCUCUUUGGCCCUCAUAUUUCCUCCCAUUAUAGAAAUGGUGAUGGUCUGGGAGUCAGGUAUAGGCCGAGGAAAAUUGAGGCUCAUCAAAAUUAAGAAUGUUUUUCUCAUAGUGUUUGGUUUAACUGGAAGCAUAAUUGGCACGACCAUGGCAAUAAGAGAAAUAAUACGCUGUCUUAAAAAUCCUAACGACCCUUCGUGUUCUGUGUAGUUUUUUCUAUUAUUUACAACCAGGGACCAUGCAGUUUGUGAUGAAUGUCAGAAGUUCAUCCAUGUGUUUUGUUUUAAUUCAUCUCAUUUAAACCUUUGACAUCGAAAUCUUUCUUUUUCAAAAGUAUUUUUCUAAGAUUAAUUUUUAAGACUUCUUAUUUGAUUUCGACAAUGUGAUAAAUGCACAAUGGGUUUUUAGCGUUAUACAUUUGUGCCCUUUUGCAGUGAACAACAUAAUGUACUACUUUGGUAAUACAUUUAAUGAUUAUUUUUAUAAAUGCUUGCUUUUUUUCUCCCCUUUUUGUUAAACUGUGAAAUAGGUAAUUCACACUAUUUAUUAUACACUUUGGAUAGCACUGUUUUUUAUAGUUUGACUAUUUGAACUCAUGAACAGAAAAUAAGUUUGAUUAAAACUGAUGUUCAGUAAAUUGAAAGGUUAAGAUACAAAAAAGCUUUUGUAACAAAGAUUAAAAUAAAAUAACACAUAACAAACAUUUAGCAACAGUUGAAAGGAAAGU